AUGGCAGUAGGGCGAGGAACGAACACAAGCAGAGAGAACGAGAGAAGCAGAGGCGAGGCAACGAUACAGCAACGAGGGCAGCAGAGCAGCAACGACGACGGCAGCAGCGACGGCAACGAAGCAGCCAACAGGGAGAAGCAGAACGAGAGGAGUAGGGGGAGGAACGAAGCAGCCCAACGACGGGGGGCAGCAGCAGCAGAACGACGACGGCAGCAGGGGACAAGAACAACGACGGGGGGCAGCAGCAGCAGAACGACGACGGCAGAAAGGCGACGGCAACGAUUAGCAGCCAACGACGGGGGCGAGCAGCAGCAGAACGACGACGGAGCAGGGGAGGAAGACAGCAGUAAGAGAGAGCAGCAGCAGCAAGAGACGGCAGCAGGGGACGGCAACGAAGCAACGAGGGGCAGCAGCAGCAGAACGACGACGGCAGCAGAGCGACGGCAACGACAACUCAAGACGGCGGCAGUAGAAGAAGAGACGGCAGAAGGGGGAGGAAGAAGCAGCUAA